AUGCACCGGCGGCCGGAGUGGUUGGACAAGGGGGUUGAAUCAAGGAAGCAAUCGACCGGACCGGCCGCGGCGGCGAGCGGGGGCAUCGAACAGGUCGAGCGGAGCUACGAAGAGGUCGUCGUCUGUAGGAGCAGCCAAAGGGUGAUCAAGGGUUCGGCGGCGCGGCGCCAGAAGGCCGAAGGCCCCAUCAGCGGCCGAGUCAGCGGCGGCGGCGGCAACGACGGGCGACGAGACAAGUGGGUGGGACUUCUCGAGGGGCCAAGCGAGGCGCUCUGGACGUGCGGCAGGGGAGGGGGUGGCGGAGAGAACGAGGACGACGACACUGACGACGGCGCUCGCUUCCUCGACCUCGCCAUCAACCCAUCCCCCUGGGGGGCGUUUGUGGGAGGGCCGCCCGGCAUGGAAAAGACCCCGGCUGUUAGAGGCGGCAGCGGUGGCAGCGUGCAGAGGCAGCUUAGCAAGAAGAGGCCGAGCAGCGCACCGCGCCAGCCUCCCACGGCUACGGCCCCACCGACGGAACGGUCCGAGGAAGGUGGCGGCCGCACUAGGACUCGGCCGAGAUCGGCACACGCGGCGUCUCCCUCGCGACAAAACGCCGCCGGAACUUUUGUCACCGCAGCCUACGGCGGCGGCGGCGGCGGCGGCAGAGAAAACGAAGAAAAUUGCAUUUCAUUGGGAGAAACACCACAUGAGGAGACAGAAAAGUCAAAUUCGGCGCGGCGGGGAUCGCGCGGUGGGUUGUCAGUGCCGGCGGGCGUAGAUGGAACAGCGGGGGGAACGGCGCAAGGGACUGGCGGGGUAGCUGUGCCGACGCAGGGGGGCAAGGAGAUUUUUGCUGGUGGCGGAGGCGGCGGCUGCCACCCGGGAGGUGUUGUUCAGGACGCCGAGCUUGUUGUGGUUGCACGACAGCUGCAGCCGAGGACCGCGUUUUCUCCAGUAAACAAGGGAAGCCACCACAAUAAUAAUAGCGGCUUGGAAAAGAUGGCUGGCGAAACGCCCGCUCCCGCCUUUUCAUCUCGCACCAUCGCCAGUGGAAUGCUCUUCGACACCCAACCGCCGCCUUCCCUCGCGCGACCAAUGAUGCCGCGGACGCCGGCGCCAUCACCGCCACAACCGCUGUCCCCGCCUGCUCCCCCCCCGCCGCCGAACAAAAUCGGCCACACCCUCGGCUUAACCGGGUCCGCCAUUGUCCCGGGGGUAGCGGCUGCGCCGGCAGCGGCGGGUGGGACAGAACCCCGCCCCCGUCACGGGACCACUACGCGGCGAGUCUUUCAGCAUCGGCAGCAACAGCAGCAGGAACAGCAGACCGCAACGACGUUAGCGGGGUGGGUGAAGGAAGCCGGUGGUAGGUGGAGGAGCGGCGAGAACGGCAGCGGCAACGCCACCGCCACCGGACGAUACGUCUUUUCGACCAUAGCUCCGUCGGUGGUGCUGGACUCGAGGACCGCCAACAACGCACACGGAGGCAGCGGCCGCCGUCGCGCGGGGGCUUCAGGGCUGGUGGGAAAAGCGCUGCGAGUCCGGAGACCUAAACAAUUAGUUCUGGGCCGCUAGCAGCAUCAGACGCAAAUUCGGGGAAAGAGGAGUGCCUCUGACAGCAAAAAAAAGGCACUACAAUCUAGUCAGUCCGGAAAGCUCCGGGUAUGGUACAGCAGUAGUCCUUCGAUUGAAUCGAUUGCUGGGGAGUCCGCAUUAUCAUCCCACGUGCUGAACGAUUAAAUUGCAUCAGCACCUUCGGCGGCCGAGCUGCAUGACUGAUAUUGAUUCCCCGGGGUCGGGAGAGCAAGAGGAGUCGGCACAACGGUUUGCACACAGCAUGUACCAACUGAAUUGACUGGUACACGACGACAAUAUUAGACAAAAAGAGGCUGUUUCAUUUAGUCUUAUACCAAGAUGCCACUUGCAAGAAGACUCUUGCUCAGUCACCUUAUGACGGCAUAAACAUAAACAUCUAUACUUCCGAAAAAGCCGAGACGGCGAAGAGUGGUUCGUAGAAAAAACACCAAGUCUAAGUAUUGGAUUCCUCAACACGAUAGAACCCGAACGCAACACAGCUACACGCGGGAUGUACGUGUGUACGUGUACGGAAUGGUACCGACAACCACGGGGCUGCUUGCGUGACCCACACGAGCCCAGGGGCAGGACAAAGGAUACGUCGUGGGAGCGCCUACACCCUCUUCUUUCAAUCAUCAAAAAGCCAUCGAAACUUUGAUACUUUAUUCACGCGUGUGGUGGGUAAACAAUAGUAGAGAUAUACAUAUAUAUGCCGUUUGGUCGCUGAUACAAAGGACAGGUAUCGAGCGGUGACCAGGCGUAUAGGGUUUGCUCUCUUAAAUCUGGAACAUAUACACGGAACCACGGUAUACGACGACUACACCCAAGGUACCCAACCUACCUCUCUGCCCGCCACUGGUGCUCCGACCCGAAAUCGCAUAUUAUUACGCGGAAAAAAACGAAAAUCACGUACUCCAAACGACUACAAUACACAACAACCAUCCAUUUAUAUACGGACCAAAUUAAGACGCCCAUCCCACUCCUCCACGUUCGCGCAUCGCGUGUCCACUACAGCAGCGUUGCAUGAACCUUCCGCUGACAAAUGACACAUCUUCUCAAAAACUAUAAGGUAUUUUCCGUCCCUCCCUCUUAUCUUGUUCUGGAUAAACAGCCCGUCACCUCAAAUAAAACCAAGGCGAAAAAAAAAAAACUCAAAACGCACACAUAAACACGCACACCCGUCCCACACCUACACUUGUCUCUGGUCCCGGCAACGAAGCUUAACAUGGGAAACAAAUAUACAAAGAACACCCCGCGCGGUCCGUCCAUCUACACAUGAUGGCAUAGGAAAAAUGCGCACGGAACGGCGGCGUACUGCUCUGUGAUGGUAAAAGAAUGUUCUUCACGAUGACAGCGUUCCUGUGCUCGUCGUCUGUGCUCGUGGGCCUACGCGGGGUGGUUUGGUGGUGGUUGGGACGUCACACAUCUCCGCAGAUCCAAGGAAGUAGUAGUCUGACGGUGGAUGCUCGCAUCGCCCCCCCUCCUUUACACCAAUCACUCCCCACUCCACACACCCCGCCACUUGACGCUGAAUCCACAAAUCCGACCAAGCCCUGUCGCGGAAGAAAAUGCCUCGGCGGCACUUUAAAAAAAAAACACACACACACACACACAUAGAAACACAACACUCACAUUGCACAAGAAUCACGUGACGGCGCUCGACUUUCGGAGUACGGUGCGUGUGUGUGUGUAAACGUGGUUGUGAAAAAGCAAGUGGUAGCCGCUCU